AAAACAAAUGCGUCACUUCCGGGAUGCUACGGCUGAAAAUGACAGCUGCUCUGCUUUCAUCAAGAGACAUUGAAAGUGGCCGUUAAAGCAGUACCAGACGGAUAGCAGUACCAGACGGAGAGCAGUGGAAGACGUCAAAGCAAGGAAACAUUUCCUUCAGGGGGAGACUCUCCGGUCCCGAAGGACAGAGCAAUGGAGUCACCAGAGUGCACGCAUGGUCGCACCUUUGUGGAGGUGAUCAGUGAAAAAUACAGCCCUGAGAACUUCCCGUACCGGCGAGGGCCUGGCAUGGGAGUGGUGGUGGUCCCAACUGCCUGUCCCCAAGGUUCUCCUAUGAAAGACCGUCUGAACUUGCCCAGUGUGCUGGUGUUGAAUGGUUGUGGAAUUAGCAGGGCAGGAGACCAGAGUGAAAUCGCUGCCUUCUGUUCCCAUGUCAUGGAGCUGGACCUGUCCCAUAACAAGCUGCAGGACUGGCAUGAGAUCAGUAAAAUCGUGUCAAACAUCCCCAAUCUGGAUUUCCUAAAUCUGAGCUCCAACCCGCUAGCAGGGAUGACCCUUGAGCAACAGUGUGCGGAAGCCUUUUCUCGGGUGCGACGCCUCGUCCUAAACAACACCCAAGUGUCCUGGGACACAGUGAUGCUGCUAACCCGUGAGAUACCUGAGCUAGAAGAAUUGUUCCUGUGCCUUAAUGAGUACAGUGGUGUAAGUGCCUCCAGUGUGGCUUGCCCCAGUCUCCGCCUGCUUCACAUCACAGACAACAGCCUACAGGACUGGGUCGAAGUCCGUAAGUUUGGAUCCAUGUUCCCCGGACUGGACACUCUGGUCAUGGCCAACAACAAUUUACAUUCCAUACAAGACGGCAAGGACAUCCUGCAACGACUCUUCCCCAACCUUCGCAGCAUCAAUCUCCACAACUCAGGUCUGAACCGAUGGGAAGACAUCGAGAAGCUGAACUUCUUCCCUAAGCUGGAGGAGGUGCGAUUACAAGGCAUCCCUUUACUCCAGAAGUACAGCAACGUGGAGCGUCGCAGCCUGAUGAUAGCGCAGCUUCCCUCUAUAUCGCUGUUGAACGGCAGCGUUAUAACCGAAAGUGAGAGAGAGGACUCAGAGAGAUUUUUUAUCCGUUACUACUUGCACUGUCCUGAAGAGGAGCUGCCUCACAGAUACCAUUGUUUGGUAAACAAGUAUGGAAAGCUGGAACCACUGGCCGAAAUCGAUCUCCGGCCACGCUGCCAUGCUGAAGUGGAGGUUCAUUGCGAGGAAAAGGUGGAACAGCUAUGCAUCCGUUUGGACCAGACAGUGGCUGAGCUGAAGAAGCAGCUGACAUCAGUGGUCCAGCUGUCGACGAACAGCAUGAGGUUGUAUUACAUCGACAAGAACAGCGCUUUUGGUCCAGAAGAGCUGAAGUACAACACACGAGCUCUUCACUCGUACAGCAUCCAAGACGGUGAUGAGAUACUUGUUGUUCCCAAGACUAAAUGAACCGUGGCGUUCCAGAUGACCAUAUUCUGUAAUGAUGCAAUGACUUGUUGAUUGGUUAACUGACUGGACAAAUACUACAAAGUGUAUAUCUCAUAGCUCCAGAGCGUACAUGUUAAAAUGAAGAGCGAUACAAGAGAAAGAUGACGUACUGACCGCACAGUGGGCUGCAGGGAGGCUCCGACUACAAAUUCAGCCACUCUGGAUAGAAUUAAGCCUGUAUUUAUUUACGCUUUUAUCCUCUGACGGAUGGAGCUAGACAACUUGCAGGAACCUCGCAUCUUCAGAUGCCGCACAGUCACUGCACCUUUAUCUCUGCAUGAAUGCACCGUGACCGGCCGUAACCACUUUCGCUCAGCCAGUUGUGACAAAAGCGACCUUGAUCCAUCGAGACGCCGUGCUGCUGAGUGGAGCACAUGUUAAGAACAACAGCAUUUCUGCAAGGAAAAGGUGGACUUAGAUAAACAUCUUCUGAAUCCAUUUUGCUGUUUAGUGUUUUCCUUUAAAGCAAAAAAGCCUUUUUAGAGCCAUAAUGAUCAGUGAGUGAGACGUACGUGGAUAUUGGAGAUAUGACAUAUGCUCUGUAUACUGACGUCUAGGAAUUGUCCACAGUGUAGGUUGAUAAGCUAUACUCGACAAGAAUAUGAACUCAGCACUUUUGUUUUUGCUCACAUUUUUCAUUAACUCAACUCUAAAAGAUCUUUAAAAAAUGUCUAUGUACACAAAAGGUCUAUUUCUCUCAAAUAUUGAUCACAAAUCUGUCAAAAUCUGUGUUAGUGAGCAUACUGACUGGUUUCAUGACCCCCACAAUAUAUUAAAACUGCACAUUUUGGAGUGACCUUUUAUUGCAGCCAGUCUACAUGGUGUCUAAUCAGCAUCCUGAUAUGCCACACCUGUGAAGACGAUGGACUAUAAUACUAAUAUUAAUACUAAUACCAGUACUGACAGACACAUUUGUGAACAGCAUCUGUGAGAGAGAGAGGCCUUUUUGGUUACAUAAAAGCUUUCGAUAUUUGAGUUCAGCUCAUGAAAGAUGGGCACAAACAAAAGUGUUGCAUUUGGAUUUUUUUGGUGUGGAAAAGUCUUCAGAUCUUAUUACUCAGUGAAAAAUCAGUGAAUAUGCAAAUAUGUAAACACACUCAAGCAUUUAUCAACCAAAUAUUUCAAUGUUUAGCUUAGUAUUAUACUUUAAAAUCUACAUAGGUGGCUGGACUGUGACUGUGACCACGUUUCCAACUUUGUCUCAAAGACUUAAAGACUUACUGAGCCUUUAAUUGGGCUCUUAUAGAAUAUGUCAACUGGAACAAGGAUACAGAUAGUUUUUCUACUAGGGUGUUUUAAAAAAAAAUCUAUCCACUCCUGGGUGGACUUUUAAAAACACAAUCACCAGCAGUCAUGCUCAUUUUGGUCUAUAAGAAGAAAACUAAGAAUGUGUGCCGAAAGUGGCCCCCGGUCCGUACUUAGGACACCACAGGUUGAACGUAUUUUCCUGUAGCAAGCAACUAACAGGAAGAGAUUAUGUUGCUGUGCAGUGGAAUGGCUAUACAGUAGAACACGCUUUCAUCAACACCAUUCAUGUAAGUGCCCGCUUAAGUUGACAUACAUGGUCGACUGCUUGUGUCGACAUAAAAUACGACAGCUAAAGGGGUUGUGUCUAUGAAAAACAGGUCCAUGUAGGUCGACAUGCGCUGUAGUAUUGUGUAUAUGUAGCAGCGUGAAACCACAACAGGAACAUAUCGUCCAGUUACACAGCAUGGAAACGUGCACAUACUGACUUCCUGUUUAGUGCAACGGAAGCUUUCAAAUAAAAGCAAGGCAGUAAACGGAUUCUACUGUACCAGUACAUGCUGCCAUGCUGCAUUGAGGCCUCCUACUUGGUAAGGCUGUAGCGUUUGAGUUUGUUCAUAUACAGUAUGAAUCAUUGUGGACACAACCAAAAACAUUUUAGCAGUGUUACCCCAUCUUUACUGCGACAGUUUACUCUAUUUAAAAAUAUAUUUAUCUUGCGUUUAACGUCACCACUAUACUUGAAUAUCAGCAGAUGUGAAUCCAAAGUGUGACGACAUAGCACUGUUUGCUGAGUGAGUCGACGUUUGGGUAUUUUGAAUGUUGAAACAUGCGGCAACUAUUGCUUAUUUAGCCUUUGUUUGUGUGGAAGGUUGUCAUUGUAUCUGCUGAGCAUUACUGACUAAACGGUAUUGUUUAUGGGUUUUUAAAAAAAAAAAACAUGGUUUUUUAAUGUUUAUUAUUGGAUUUCUCCUACAAUCAGUUGUUGGAGGAAUGAGAAAUUUCAAGUGACUUAGGUGUAAAAUAAAUCUUUAUUACCAUCCAUCCAAUUUCUAUACCCCUGAUCCUCAGUAUGCUUGUGGGAGUGUGCUGGAGCCUACGCCAGCUGACUGGGUACACCCCGGACUGGUCGCCAGGCACAUUAGCAGGGCACAUAUAGACAAUCAUUUACGCUCACAUUCAUACCUACGGACUAUUUAGAGUCGCCAAUUAAAAACUAUUUUAGUUUUAAUUAUGUGACCAAAAUGAGUGUUGUAACUCAUCCAUGUGCUUAAUUUACUUAUCUGGGGAACAUGAAGUAAAUUGUGAUUUCCACAAAACCAUAAAUAUCCAACUCUUACUGUAGUGCUGUCGUGUAAUUUUUCGUGUAAUGCUUUUAUAUUGACUGACGACUGUGUUGCCGAUGUUGCCCGAGUGUUUCCGAGCCGGCCGGAACCUGUGUUGAUCGGACAGACCCGGACUGUUUUUUUUUUUCCAGUGAAAGUUAAACAACGGCUAACUAAAAAGGUCAUGGGCUCACUGUCUGUGUGUAAACGGUCCCUUUUCUCUAAGAAAUAAAGCUAUAAUAGUUGGACUGGGGCAAUAAAUGAUUUCAGAU